AGUAGACGGGAGCACAUCGACCGCGUUGUUGAUGCUUGUUUACGCGUUUCAAUCAUCCACACUUUGCUUUGACGUGAACAAAGCAAUUGACGAUUCCGAGCGAUGCUACUAGAUUUGCAGAGGGUAUAAUUAUUGUGUUCGAUGAUUUCUGUGGCCAGUUACUUACACAGUUUACCUGUGGAUGCUUGAGAUGCCCAGUAUAAAUGCGCAGAAUUUCCUGGCAGAUAAGCAUCCCCACUCCAAAGUUCAAUGCCUAACUCUACUACACUGCACGUGAGCCUAUACAAUCCCCCUAGCCUCUCUGCAGACGCUCCCGCCGAGUCCGAUGCCACCACAGACUCAGAAGACGAGCACACCCUUACUGCUUUCGGCGAUGUUUCCGAAGAGCAAAUCAUUCGCUCACCUCAUCGCCCCCUUAAUCGAUUGCGCUUGAAGGUCAGGCGUCCGUCGUUCCCUAUGAAGCGUACAAGUCUUCAAGAAGGGCAGUUCGAUCUAAAGAGCCCGGCUGGAAAAUUCUUGAAGAAUAAACUAUUGAUUUCUUCACCGUCACCUCUAUCCCCUUCCUUCUUUGUCGAUGCUUUGAAGAACUCUCUUCGAUCUGGCAAGCGACGUGCUACUCAGCGCUCACAAUUAGACGCUGUCGAGCCAGAAACCGGACCUCAUGUAACUGCCUCCACAGAGCCACGAGAGCGCACCUCCAG